UAAAGAAUUAUAUUCUCACUGGACUGGACCCCUCUCUCCAAACCAAAAUGAUUCCAUAUUGAAUUCAAUCCCCAAUCCCACCUAUUAUAUCAUAUCCAUGUCAGCUGCGCUUGCUUCCGAAUCCAGGCCUCUUCCCAUUCCUCGUUAUUGGUUCUGCUUCCGCGUUUUCCCAAUUACCAGAAGGUUUUAGGGUUUUCGUCGGGACGGUGAAAAGAGGGUUUCAUGGCGUCGAAGAGGAUUUUGAAGGAACUCAAGGAUUUGCAGAAGGAUCCUCCGACUUCUUGCAGUGCAGGUCCUGUUGGUGAAGAUAUGUUUCAUUGGCAAGCCACGAUCAUGGGGCCUUCGGACAGCCCUUAUGCUGGUGGUGUUUUUCUGGUUUCAAUUCAUUUCCCUCCUGAUUAUCCUUUUAAGCCUCCAAAGGUUGCUUUUAAGACAAAGCUGUUUCACCCAAACAUCAAUAGCAAUGGAAGCAUUUGCCUUGAUAUUCUGAAAGAACAGUGGAGUCCAGCAUUGACUAUUUCCAAGGUUCUUUUGUCAAUCUGCUCGCUACUGACAGAUCCUAAUCCAGAUGAUCCUCUCGUGCCAGAAAUUGCUCACAUGUACAAGACUGAUAGGCCCAGGUACGAGUCCACUGCACGUAGCUGGACACAGAAGUAUGCCAUGGGAUGAUACUCUUGUCAAUGCCUGGGAAAAACUUAAACCAGUCUUAUGUUUUUCAUCUAUGGUUGGAUAAUAAAUAAAGUAUUUUGGUGUGGUACUUUUGUGUAGCCUGCAAACCUUGGAUUGAAGUUGGAAUUGUGCUUAUGCUUUUGGUAUGUGAAUAUGAACUUAGAAGUUUGUCUGGAAUGAAGAAUUUGUGUGUUUUUGUGGUAA